AUGUUCUGCUUCAGUAGAGGAUUGUGGAUGCGCCACAUUGGUCAGGAUGUGCCAAAGCGGCACACUCACUUUGUGCUUGAAAGUAGACUGAUGUACGAAAAAUCUUUUCGGGACUGUUGGCUUCACAGCGUCUGCCGGGCCAUUUCUCAACUGGACGAACCGCUAUCAAAAACUGUUGUGGGGACCCACCAAAAGAUGCUUCAGCGAAAGGUCACAUGCUUUCAGUACAACCAGUACGGGUUGUUUAAGACGCCGUACUAUCGUUUAGCUAACGUUGAUAGGUACCAUGCGGUUCAGGGUGUUGCGGGAACGCGGGAGUGGGUUCCAUACGUAAACGUCUCAUACUGGACGAUGAACAAAAUGGUUCGUGGUGGUAACCUUUUGGUACACAGAGUCCACUACACUGGAUGGGGAACAGAUUCUCAUCUCAAAAAGGGCGGUUGGGAGCAUCGGUGGAAUAAGGUCCUGCAGCGCAACGUUCUUCAGUAUAGUCGGAUUUAG